AUGCCAUCCUCCGGCGAUGAGACCAUCUGCCCCAAGUUCCAACCCAACAUCUUCGACCCCUCCCGCUGCCACGACUGCCUGCGCCAGCGGCACCUGCACGCCGGCGCAGGAGAAGAAACGGCACCUCAGCAGAAAACCACAGAAGACACCAGACCGGGGGUUAAAAUUGGGAUUGAAAAUGGGACUGGAUCAGGAAAAGGGGCGCUGCUAACACCGAUCCAAUCCCAGGCUGAGGAAAGAGACACCAGCAGCAAGGUGAGACGGAUAAGGGAGCUGCAAAAGGGAGGGAGGAGAGGAGAGGAGCUGGUUAUAAAAGGAGGCAAGAGGAUGAGUAUGUUAGACCUCAAGAGAAUGGUUGCAAGACUUUGAAGUUAGAUAUAUAAAGCCAGAUGAGGAGCUACUGCUGUGCUUGACUCAACUUGCAGAUCAGAAAUGAUGCACAAAUUGACGUUUCAAGAUCCUGUCUGUUUCUUUCUUAGUCGAGAAUCCAGACGGAUAUUAACGCAGCUCAUGAGGUCAUGCUUUGGCCUUUAAUGCAUGUUGGUUUGUGACAAAAAGUCAGACACAGAGAAUAAGAGGUAAAGCAGAUAGCAGCAGGGCGGUAGCAGUGGCUCCUAUUAACUAUUAAUGAAGCUGGAUCAUCUUCUGGCCUCUUGGGAAUCACUUGUAAUAUAAGACAGAAGGGCAGCUACCAAAAAGGAUGAGAAUGGGUCAGCGCUUGUGUUUUAUAUUCAUCAGACUUAUGUGGCCAGAACUGCAGUCAUGGGAUUUUAAAAAGGACAUGACAUCUUUUGAAGUGCAUGCAGUUUCUUUGUACUUCCCUUCUUGUGUUUGCUCAGAAGUUGUAAAGGUCAGAGCAAAUUUCUGAUGUUCAGAGAGAGUUAAAGAUCCUUCUUUUUUGACAGCCUUUUUUAAGUGAAGGGUUUAUGGCGAGAAAAAAAAACUGGUGAAAUAUUAAUGAAGAAAAGCCACAAGCCAGGUCGAGUUACAGAGGUGUUACCCUAAUUGAAUAGCAGGCUGAACAUGUGUGUGUGUGUGUGUGUCAGGGGAGGACAGAGGAGGAAGAGAUGCAUAUGCUUUCUAACUUCAAAGUCACUGUUCACUUUCCGCUAAUCUACAUCAUGAAAAACAUGAACUUGUCUGCGGCUCUUGUAUCAAGUUUUGGUAAGUGUUGCCCUGUGCAGCAUUUGUCCUCAGUGACCUGGUCAGAGAUGGAGACUUUCUGAUUGGCCCUCGUCUCACCUUGUCGUCCUAUCAGGAGGAUUCUGACGGUCUGUCUGUGGUGAGCAGCUACUGUGGUGUCAAUGGAGGCCGUGUGGGUUAUGAGGAGAGCUCUUUGUGCAUCUUGAGCCCAGACUGUGAGCUUUACAUCUGUGACGGAGACGACGACGACAGCACUGACAGGUAGGGCGAGAGCUUGGUGAUUAUAAGUCAUUUAAGGAACAAUAGAGGGUGGAAUCUUUGACUUGAGGGCAUAAUAUUAGUGUUCAAGCAGACUUUCUUUAUCCCACAGUGGUACAUAUGAUUUUCUUUUUGACAGACAGUCAUUACAAUAUGUAGUCAUGUGUUUUGGGUCUCACCAGCUCUGCUGAAAAUGUCCUCUGACUAAAAGGGUUAGAGCUGUCUCAGAGCACACCAGUAUAUAACUAGAUAUAAGAUAAGAUAUAAGAUAUAAGAUAGAUAAGAUAUCCCAGUGCAAUCUUCUCUUUACUGAUGCCUAGACUUAAGAAUUAGCCAAUUCUGUGUACUCCUGUUGAAUAUAUAGAAACAAUGCUGGAAAAACUUGGAUUACUGAAAACACACUGUUUUUUGCUCACAUUAUACAGCUGAAAAAAUUGAAGUCAUCAGCAUAUGUUGCUCCAAAACCUAAAUAUAUUGUUCUGUAUCAAUAUAGGCUUCCCACAUGUGAAAGCUACUUAUGCUAUUAACAUUUAUGCAUCCCCAUACCAUCAAGGAUGCUGUUUUUUUAGCUCUGCACUUAUAACAAGCCAGGUGGUAGCUCUUCUUUGUACAGCUGAGGAUACAGCGUUCAUGGUUACCUAUACGAAUGUCAGAUUCUGAUUCGUCAGACAACAGGAGUAUUCAACUUUAUCUCAUUUCAUCUUCGGGCCAGGAAAACUCGCUGGUGUUUCUUAAUCAAUUUCCUCUUUGCAUGGUACGGUUUUAAUUUGUGUUCACAGACAAAGAUUUUUUAAGGGACUUUGAGCCCAUGCAUUGAUUUCCACUGAAAUUGUUGAACCAUUUUAACAUGCAGUAUCUCACAGAAAGGGGAAUCUCUCUGUAAUUUUACUUUUGAAAGUCUCAACCUCUCAGGAAUGUAUUUUUCAUACCCAGUUUUAUUACUGACCUGUUGCAAUGCAUCUCAAUAGUUGGUAAAUGUUCCUCCGGGCGAUAAUUUUUUAAGCAUUGCUCAACUUUUGGGGUUUUGUUGGCUCUGUCUUGUUGGCUUUUGUUUCAACACAAGUUAUUUUGUCUUUUUACUUUUUAAAAUUAACUAUAGGGUUUAAAGGAUUUACCAACAUUUAAAAUCUGUUUUUAUCAACAUUUUACACAGAAUCCAAACUUUCCAGAGCUGGGGCUAUACAUCAAACUCUCUGUGAACACCGGACUGUUUUUGUUUUUUUACGUAACAAGACAAUGUACCAAAGGGCUGUUGAUCAUUUUUGAGAGAUUUUCUGGUUGUGGUAUGGGAUUGGUGCUUUGACUGCAUAGUCCUAUAUUUCCAUUAUUCCAGAUUAAAAUCAUUUAAUCAUUUAAUAAAUUAAAUCUUCCCCCAUUGCUUCCACCAUGUAGCUGUCGUGACCAGAGCAACUACCAGGAGUUCAGUGACUCCAUCAGCGCAGAAGACGAAUAUCUGCCAAUCUGUCGCCGCCCAUCUAAACUUGCGAUGACCCGGCUUGACCCUCGGCCCCAUCGGGCCAACCAUCGAGCCUGGAUGGAUGAAGCUCAGAGUCGGGACAGCUUCACCAGACAAUCAGGUACAUGAAAACCUUGCAUUUUACUGUCUUCUUCUGUUUCUUGGCAAAUGUGAAACAUCUCUAGCUGAGCAGAUUUCAAAAAAAUAGAAAGAGAAAUAUCACUUGAUCAAUUAUUUUAGCACAUACAUCAGGUCUGUGCAAGGCCUCAGUACACCUAUGACUUACUGCACUUGAGCAAUUGAUAUCCAGUUACACUCACAGGUGUUCUUUACUUGGCAAUACCCAUCUGUGUCACAGCUGAGGUGUCCAGCAGCGAUUAUCAGAAAUACAAUAUAGCUCAGUUUGUGUCAGGACACCUCCAGUUGUCGCCCAGCAGUGAGCUUUGACAUGUAGGUUUCUUAUUUCUGAUGCCUCUCACUUCUAUUUCUGUCCCUUUGUAAUUUCUCUUCUAUCAGGGUUAAAAGAAGAGAAGCGCGAGAGUGGGUACUUCUCCUUAGGGAGGGCAUCUGGUGCCCAUUUACUGAGAGAUAACAGUCCAUCUGCUCCUUUUCGCCACUUUGAGAGAGGACAUCCCAUCUUCAACACCAGAAAUGUUGAGCCCAAAGAUGCCAUCCCCUUCAGAAACCCCAAUCUUGGUGUGGCAUCUGAGAGGCAGGGAAUAGAGGCUUUUAAUGAAGACCUACCAGUAGAAAUACUCCCUCCUGACCCUUAUGAAAUCGCAGUCGAAGUUGAGGCACAAGUCGGGCCACGCUCACCUAGUCCAACACCCUUCAAGAUAGCAGAGUCGCUGGCCUCAACUGGGCGCAAAGGUUUCAACAGGUCAUACGGUCAAGGGAAUCCUUCCUCACAACAGUCAGGACGUUAUGAUCCAUCUCGCUCUUCUUCUCCCUCAAGAGGAAACUCACCUUUCAGACGGAGUGAGUCUACCACCUCCCUUAGCAGUCGUAACUUUGACGGUGGAGGGUGGUCUCGCGGGAUGGAACCAGCCUCUAGAAAUCCCUCACAGGGGACACAUGGACGACGAUUAGAGUCAGGAACACUGCCAAGAAACUUUAAAUCACUUGCAAGUUCGGUCAAACCCCAGCCCAGCUCUGUUUCUGAUUUUAGGAGUGCCUUGAGGAAAACUGAAGCAAGAGGAACCUUGAGUGGUCGAAGUCAGGACAGCAGAAGUUCUUCUCCUUCAAGAAGGGACCACAACUCUUCAAGCCAAAUGUCUCUUCGUAAGAAUGAGAUCACCACUUCACCUGGGCGGGGCCGUAACAGUCGCACUUCAUCUCCCUCAAGGAGACAUUCUACAAGUCCUUGUGACAGCCCACCAAGGAGAAACUACAGCUCAUUAAGCCAAUCACCCCUUCGUAGAUCAGAAUCGACUUUCUCUCUGAGUAGUCGUGGUCACUCAGGACGGUGUGGCUCCCCUAUAAGAGAGGGCUAUGACAUUGAAAGUCAAGCUUUACUGCGUAACCUCGCUGCUAGAAAUGGAAUAAAUGACCAAGAGGAAGAAUAUGAAAGCACCAACAAGGCUGCACUCAGGCAAGGUUAUGACAGAAGUCCACCUGUGCUACGAAAGACUGAAUCAAGCCCUGUCUUUGCCAGCCAAGGUCGUGAAGGCCGCAGUUCAUCUCCUGGUAGGAGGGGCUAUGAAACCCCUCAGUAUCAACUCAGGAAAACAGACACCAGAGGUUCCUUACAUGCUGGUAAUAAUGAAAGACGUAACGCCUCCCCUUUAAGGAGAAGCUAUGAAGCUCCUUCACUGCGUAAUUCCGAAAUAAAGACUUCAACUCGAGAUCUUGAUAGUCAUAACUCCCUCCCCUCAAGGACAAAGUAUGAUUCUGUCGACCAGCGCUCACUGCGGAAAAUAGAAACUAGCACUUCCCAUAAUAGUAAGACUCACAAUAGCCGCAACUCCUCUCCACUUAGAAAAGGAAACAGUGACCCACCAGGAUACUCAAUACUCAGACAUGCCAUGAAUGGAGAGUCUAACCAUUCCUCUCAGAGAACUAACACCUAUCAAAACUCAAAACCUGCACCCAGUCACUCACCAUCCUCCUGGCGGGAAUCAUCUCGUUCCCACCGCAGCUCCUCUUUGUCUCGUGCUACUUCAACCGCAAGGCAGACUUCAAGUGGAACCAGAGUUUCUAUUGCCCUGGAUACACCAAGGAGGUCUUGCAGCAGCAGCAGAUCAGGGACUGGUAGACACAGCCCUGAGGAUCACAGCCCAUCCCGUAACAACAAGAAGCCCUCCCACCAUGUACGGAGCCCUUCACCUCAGAUUCAAAUCCAGAGGUACACCUCCUCCCAGAGCUCUAUGGAGUCCUCAGAGUCAGGCCAACUUUCAGUUGGAUCCACAGGAAGGACCAGGGAGGAGUAUGUAAUGAUGGCUGAUGUGCCCAAGGUCAAAAUGAUCCAUCAGAGAGAGGAACCAGGCCACUUUGGGAGGACCCAGAACCAGCAGCCCUCUCGGAAACAGGAACUAUUUAAACCCGCCAGGUCAGAGACUUAUCAUACUACAAGGAAUGCCAGAUCUGUUGGCUAAGUAGCAUGUGAAAUCAGUGUAUUUUCUGUGUUGGACACUGAAAACAACCAUUUGAUGCUCUUUCAGCCACUCUCUCAGCAAGCAUCCCUCUAGAGAGUGGGAUGACACAGGGGAAACAGAGAGAGACUGGCACUACAGUGGCAGUGGGUAUCUAUCCCGAGCUCACUCAUCCACUUCACUGCAGGUAGGCUGGGCCAGUUUUAUUAAGGGGUGACUGAUGUGUAAUAUGUGAGUUUUGGACUUAAAUUCUAAACAACCACAGAAAGUAUCAACAACAGAUGUAGCACCACGUCACCAAUUGGUUUGUUCACAGUCUUAUUUUAAGCCUUAUUUACAUAUCAGCCUCAGCUUUGUUGGUUUUAAAGCCAAAGGUGGCUGUAUUUAAACAGGAGGGUGGAAAUAAAGGCGAGCCAGCGUUGUCAAACACCAAGUUAUCAGGCACCACAUAGAAAUUAAAUCCAGUGGCUGGAUUAGCAAAUGAGACACCUAGAAGACAGUUUGCCGCACCUAAGGACUCAAAACUACCAGGCUCCCAGUUACCUGAAAACUUCAGGCCUCUAAAUAAUUUCCUCUGAUAGUUAAUACUAAAAUGUAUCCUCCAUACUCUUGUAAUAAAAAGGAAAAUAAGCUUCAACUACCCAAACUGUUUUUUGCAAUCAACUGUAGUUGUUGAACAUCCUGCAUUAGUUUCUCUUCCCUCUGAAAUAAAAGUUAUCUUUCAUCAUUGGCAAAACUCAUGAAAACAGAAGAAACCUUUAUUCAAUGAUCGUAUAAUAUGUCAUGAUACAUUAUGAUUAGUUACGUGAAUACAGGAUACUUAAUAAUACCAUAUAAUAAGAUGGAUGAUAUAUGAUAGGAUACAAUAUGAUAAGAAGUAGGACAAUAUGUUACAUUUUGAUGAAAUAAGUUAUGAUACAAUAUGAUACAAUACAAAAAACAAGAUAAUUUAAGAUAAGAUAAACCAUUAUGCAUCCCAUGGUGAGGAAAUUUGGGUAUCAGCAUAGCAGACAUAGAAGAAUAAGAAUAACUUUAUUAAUCCCCGAAGGGAAAUUCAAUUGUCUGUUGUCUCACAUCAAGGAUCUACACAGUGAUAAAAAAAAGACUGGACAUGUUACUGCUCAUUAUUUGAGUUAUUAUACCCGAGGUACUUGAUACUUGUAGCUACUUGCAAUUGUAAUAAAUGUCUAGCCUUUCAAUAUUACUGGGAGCAGGCCUGACUGCAGCAGGAGGGAAGGACUUGAGGUAUCUCUCUAUCACACACCAUGGGUGAAAAACCUGUCACAGAGGGAGCUCCUCAGUGCUGUUACAGUGCUCUGCAGGGGGUGGGAAACAUUGUCCAUGAGAGACGAUAGCUUCGCCAUCAUCCUUCUGUCCCCCACCACCUCUACGAGGUUCAGAGGGCAGCCCAGGACAGAGCUAGCGUUCUUUACCAGUUUGUCCAGUAUGGAAUAAUAUGAUACUAAACAAUAUUAUGGGAAAUUAUAUGCUAUUAUACAAUACAAUACCUUGCAAUACAUCAUUAUAUGAUAUGAUAAAAUAUGGUAUGAUUAAUGAUUUAUUACAGUACAGCCUGACACAAUAUGACCUAAAAUGUUUUCCUGUAUAUUAUUAACAGUUCUUGUAUCUAGAGACCAGCAUGUUUUGAUUAUAAACUUCCUGCAGUCUUCCUCAGAAGGGUCAUGUGAUGUUGUGACAUUGCCUGCCAACCUUAUAUAAAGGUUAGACCAUUCCAGUUUGCUGUUCUCUAGGCUACUUCCUGAUCUCUGCAGAUCCUCUUAUCCAGUGUUGGUAUCUGAUGCUCUUGAGUGGAUGACCUUGGCCUUUUCCAAGCCUACUGUGUGAUUUUUUUAUGCAGGAAGUUUGUUGUCAAAACAUGCCAAAGUAAAAAAAACCACACACACAUUUGUCUAGUUACAUGAUAUUAUUUAAUGUAAUAUUAUACAGUAUAAUAGAAAUUGAUAUGAUUCAGUAUCAUAUGACAUACUAUAUGGUUAGAUAGAAAACAAUACAAUAUGAUACGAUUCGAAAUAAUAUGAUAUGAUAGAGGAAAAAAUAUGGUAAGCUACAAAACGGUAAAAUUUUAUAUGAUAAAUUAAAUAUACGAUAGAAUAAGAAUAUGAAAGGAAAUGUCAGAAAAUUUUGUAUGAUACCAUCAUACAGUUACCAUGAUGCAAUUAUUUUUAUAUAAAACUAGAUAAAUCAAUACAUCUCAAUACAAGACAGUAAGAUAUGACAUUAUACUAUAUGACAUGGCACAAUAUACCACAUGACCCCGUUGAAGAAUUUAUUAUAGAGAACACAGGACUGUUUACAGAGAGAGCAGCAACAGUAUAAAGAUUACAGUGAAGAGCUGAGACAUGUGUUUAGCAACUUUCCUCCCUGCAGGGUAUCAUAAAUUUUUGUGGAAUUGUGUCUUUUUCACCUACAUUAUAUGUUAAUGCUUAACCAGAUCUUCCACAUACCGAGUGACAGAUCAGUUGGAGCAAGUGGAUGUGAAACUCUGCAGGUUUCUAUGUUUGCUCAAUUGCACAGUAUAGAUUAUCCUGGUGACUGAGUGUGUCCUUUCCAGCGUUCUGGCAGUCCCACUGCAGAUGAGGGUAGUUCUUGGAAAGGUAAUCACCACAGACUGGAACAAAUGCAGGUAUGUGAUACAGCCAGUUUGUUUGCAGUAAAAAUGUGUGGUCUAAUUGCAUGUGCAUCAUGUGUGAGUGAAGUAACCCUACAUGUAUGCAUGAACACAAAUAUUUGUUGUGGAUAUCAUAAACCCUGCAGCACCAGGUUCAAUACGGGUUUAUUGGAGUCAAGCCUAUUUAAAUAAGGUAUCUCUCUGUUACAUAUUGACUAGAGACAGGCAGUUUGUCCAGUGUUCACACAUAUCCUGUUUACAAUCAUAAAGUUUUUAUGUACUUGGCACUCUUACCUGUUGACAUAUCUAGGGAACACAAUCUCCACCGUCUUUUAAAUCCUCUUUUAACGGCUGGUUGUUGUCUGUCUGUAGACUUCACCUACACCCUACAGGCAUUUCAUAAGACUGACUGAGCUUUGUCAAUUGUGGUCUGCUGGGGCAUGUGUUGAAAUUCCUGAGCUGAAACCAAUAGCUACCAAGAGAGGUUUUUGGAGGGGGAGUGCCACUUCAGCUGAAAUUAUUUUAAUGUAGGAAAAUUCAUAAAGUAAACUUCAGCUGUGUUUUUAUGAAAUUGAAGGAUCACUUAACUUUUUUUUUUAAAUGUCAAUGAUCCCCACAGAUGACAGAGAGAUUUGGCCCUGAAGAAAAAAGGGGAGUGAGACAUCAGAGUACUUAA